AUGGGACGAUCACCUUGUUGUGAAAAGAACGGACUCAAGAAAGGGCCAUGGACUUCAGAGGAAGACCAGAAGCUCAUUGAGUAUAUCCAGAAACAUGGAUAUGGUAACUGGAGAACACUUCCCAAAAGUGCUGGUUUGCAGAGAUGUGGCAAGAGUUGCCGAUUAAGGUGGACUAAUUAUCUCCGACCAGAUAUAAAGCGAGGAAGAUUCUCCUUUGAAGAAGAAGAAACAAUUAUUCAGCUUCAUAGCUUCUUAGGAAACAAAUGGUCUGCCAUUGCGGCGCGUUUGCCCGGAAGAACCGAUAACGAGAUCAAAAAUUUCUGGAACACACAUAUAAGAAAGAAGCUACUUCGAAUGGGGAUCGAUCCAGUGACUCAUAGUCCGCGACUAGAUCUCCUCGACAUCUCAUCCAUCUUAGCAUCAUCUCUAUACAACUCCUCUUCACAUCAUGUCAACAUGUCGAGACUCAUGAUGGAUGCUCAUCGGCAGCAGCAACAAUAUCCAUCGGUUAACCCCGAGAUACUCAAGCUCGCUACCUCUCUCUUCUCUCAGAACCAAAACUUAGUGUUAGAUCAUCCUGACUCGAGAACCCAUGAGAACCACACGGUGUUUCAUCAUGACGUUAACCAAACCAAUCAAUACAAAACCGACCAUCAAGAACUCCAGUCUUGCUUGCCGCCCUUCCCUAAUGAAGCUCAGUUCAACGACAUGGACCAGCAGUUCAUUGGUUUCGGAGAACAUACUCUGGUUUCAACCUCGAAUACGUCGGUCCAAGAUUGCAAUAUUCCAUCGUUCAAUGAUUAUGCACGCUCUAAUUUUUUACUAGAUCCUUCUUAUUCAGAACAGAGUUUCAACUUCGCUAAUUCGGUCCUGAACACACCAUCCUCGAGCCCAACUACGUUAAACUCCGGUUCCACGACUCACGUCAACAGUAGCAGUUGCAGCACUGAGGAUGAAAUGGAAAGCUAUUGCAGUAAUCUCAUGAAGUUUGACUUUCCCGAUUUCUUGGACGUUAAUGGUUUUAUCUUAUAA